AAAAAGUCCCAAAAGCCACCUUUGAACAAGCAAACACCUAGAGUUUAGUCUCUUUUACAGCACAGUCAACAUGUGGCAUGGUGAGGUGAGAUAGCUGCGUGAAGCUUUCAAGAAGGACUCCAUGUUCCUUCCCUCUCAGUAAUUGAACUCUUGGUUAAUUUGAUCAUUUAUCAGGUUUUGUAAAUUCCAUAUAAUUCAACAAGUGACCACUUGUAAGGUUGAAUGGUAUUACAACGUUCGAAGCGCCAGUCUGCAGAGGCUGCCAUUAACAGUCACACCUUUGAACAGGAAAACACGAGCGCCUAGUCCUUCCAACAACACUAACCCAAGUCAACAUGUGAACGGAGAUUGCCGCGUCCAGCUUUCAGGAAGCUCUUGAAAGUCCCAUUAGAAACUAUAUCAUGGGUUUGAAAGGUUUUGCUGAGGGUGGUAUUGCCUCCAUCAUUGCCGGGGCUUCCACUCACCCUUUGGAUUUAAUCAAGGUCCGUAUGCAACUUCAAGGUGAAUCCCACAUCCCAAAUCCAUCUUCCGUGCAGUCCUAUCGCCCUGCUUUUCCAUUGAGCUCUACGGCCAACAUCUCCUUACCGACCACCUUAGAACCCCCUCCUCCACCCCGUGUGGGACCCCUUUCCAUUGGUGUCCGUAUCAUCCAAUCCGAGGGUGCUGCCGCUCUUUUUUCUGGUGUCUCCGCUACCAUACUCCGCCAAACCUUAUACUCCACCACCCGUAUGGGCCUUUAUGAUGUCCUCAAACAUAAAUGGACGGAUCCAGAUACUAAUACCAUGCCACUUGUCCGUAAGAUUGUGGCUGGACUAAUCUCCGGUGCUGUCGGGGCUGCUGUUGGUAACCCUGCUGAUGUAGCGAUGGUCCGCAUGCAGGCUGAUGGACGUCUCCCAAUUGAACAGCGUAGAAACUACAAGAGUGUUGUCGAUGCCUUAAGUCAGAUGUCAAAGCAGGAGGGUGUCGCUAGCCUGUGGCGGGGUUCGAGUCUUACAGUCAACCGUGCGAUGAUUGUGACGGCGUCACAGCUUGCAUCAUAUGAUCAAGCCAAGGAGAUGAUCUUGGAGAAGGGUUUGAUGAGUGAUGGGAUCGGCACCCAUGUUUCAGCAAGUUUUCUGGCUGGUUUUGUGGCUUCCGUUGCUUCAAACCCUAUUGAUGUGAUCAAGACUAGAGUUAUGAACAUGAAGGUUGAGCCCGGGGUUGAACCACCUUAUAAGGGUGCAUUCGAUUGUGCAAUGAAGACUAUCAAGGCAGAGGGUCCUAUGGCCUUGUAUAAGGGCUUUAUCCCUACAAUUUCAAGGCAAGGACCUUUCACUGUUGUGCUAUUUGUCACAUUAGAGCAAGUUCGGAAAUUACUUAAAGAUUUCUGAUCAAUUAUUAUAACGAUGAAAAUAGAUCAAGGAAGGCAGUAGAACAAGCACUCAAGCUUGUAUAUUCAUUGAUUUACUUGUUCAACUUUGAUUACAUGUUGGAAGCAAUAUAAUUUUUCCCCUUCA